AAAAGCGCAGCUGAUCGCGCGAGUGGAGGUUCGCGAUCGCGGAGUGACUGUGUGUGUCGGGGGGUAAAACUGCUGGGAAGCGAAUGAAGAAACACCUCCUGCUUCUUUUCGUAUACCGAGGACUAGUACGAAAGGGGAAGAAGAGCAAAAGAAGAAAAUGGCCAGUUUUUCACUGCGCAAAGCAGAAGCCAAAGACGUGCCUGACAUUCUGCGACUCAUUAAGGAACUUGCCAAAUAUGAAGAUAUGGAGGAUCAAGUUGUGCUGACUGAGAAAGAGCUGUUGGAGGAUGGCUUUGGAGACCACCCCUUCUACCACUGUGUCAUUGCUGAGCUUCCAAAGGACCAGCUUGACGCCGAGGGUCACGCAGUCGUAGGAUUUGCCAUGUACUACUUCACCUAUGACCCCUGGAUUGGCAAACUGCUGUACCUGGAGGACUUCUAUGUGAUGAAGGACUACAGAGGUUGCGGAAUCGGGUCCGGGAUCCUCAAGUACCUGAGCCACACUGCAGUGAAGACCCGCUGCGGCAGCAUGCACUUCGUUGUGGCCGAGCGGAAUAAGCCGUCCAUCGAGUUCUACAAGCGCCGCGGUGCCUCGGACCUCUCUCACAAGGAGGGCUGGCGGCUCUUUAAGAUCGACAAGGAGAACCUGCUCAAGAUCUCAGCCGAGGAGUGAAGAAGACAGGCUCCUGGCCUCACCUUUCAGUGCUUCUUCACAUCUGAUUGUCUUUCAUUCGCCUUGUUUCAGGAGGAUGUCAGAUGUGCCACUUCUGGGAGAGCGAACAUGACAACUAAAUGGUUCUAGUUAAUUCACCUGAAUAUGUUUCUGUAUCUUCUGUUAUUCAGAAUAAUUACGUGCAUUUUAAUGGCAGCAGUAAAUCUCUUGCUUUUCCCCCCUUGUGUGUGUCAGAAAACAUGAUGCUUCACAUUAACUGUGGUUCUUUCCCUCAACUUGACCUGUCACAGCAACAGCCCCUGUGGCACAUCUGCCUGUUUUUUUCAUCAA